AUGGGGAAGAUACAAAAGAAGCUGAACGGUCAAAAAGACAAGAAUAUAGGAUCAACCACGUGCGGCGGGCCAACACGGAGGUCCUACCACCGUCGCCGUCGUGGCCACAACCGUCGUCCUCUUCUCUCGUCACUUUCUCAUAUUUGGGUCCAAAUUUUAUUUAUUGAUAUUCACAUCCAUGGGGGAUAUUGUUUCAAGAACUCAAUAUCUUGA